ACUUAUCUUCAUCCACACUCCCACACACUUUCACAUCUCCAUUAUUUCCACCUCGGUCCUCUUCCACUCACACCGCGGCAAACUUUUCCACAUCUCACUCAACAACUGAAUCACCACUACACCUAUUGUCUUCUUCCCUAUUCCUGCACCGCCAGCACUGAGUGCCGCUCCACAUAUACACACAUACGUACAUAUAUACAUACAUACAUACAUACAUGCAUACGUGCAUACAUACAUACAUACAUACAUAUAUACAUACAUACAUGCAUACAUACAUACAUACAUACAUAUAUACAUGCGCACAUAUAUUUACACACAUAUACAUACUCAUAUACACACAUACAUAGAUACAUACAUACAUACAUACAUCGAUACAUAGAUACAUACAUACAUACAUUGAUACGUCGACACACCACACAGAAACACGCAACCAUAUAUACAUGCUGC